GUACACUGCCUGUGGCCUGGAUAAACGAAGGUCCUGGUCCACCGCGGUGUCCACCGCCAUGCUCGGCUAAGUCUAAUAAUAAAAAUAGUAAUACUAAGGCAAACAAUACUGAUAAUACUAAAUAUAACAUGGAGAACCGGUUAAAUGAUAAACAACAGUGCCUUGACUAUUUGGGCGAUAAUGAAGAGUUAAGUCCAGCACAAAUUUGUAAAAAAUCGUCACAAAGUAUUGAGACCAAGUUGAAAACGUUACGUUUAAGACAUUGUUGUGAACGUACUGUUGGCAGCGCGCUGCACAACGAGGCGUACGCCAGAGUUUUGCGCGGUGGUUCAGAAUGUGUUAGGAUGCUGAGUGACCUGCUGGAGACAGACGCGCUGGCCGCCAGGCUCACCUGCGAGUUCACCGAGGUGCUGGUGCGGUACGACUGCGGACAGAAGUACUCGAUUAUCCACCGUUGCGAUGACUGCAAGGAGGCAUAUCGAAGGUGGGGUUGUACCAUUUUACUGCCAUACUUUGCGACGACGGAGGAGGUAGCGGACAUGAGUAGCAUGAGCAGCAGCAGCAGCAGCAGUAGAGACAGCAGCAGUGGAAGUGGAAGUUCCUCCCGAGGAAGCAGUUCCAGCACCAGCAACAAAAGUGUUAACAAUAAAACCGGAAACGACGGUGAUCGAAGGGCGACCCAGGGUAAAUCGAACGCCAACUACCGUGGGGACGUACCAACCAAGCAGACUGAACCGAAUUUGAACGAUGCGAGUAAGCAACAACUAGCAGCAAAAAAUAUAUCAAUCACUCCGAAAAGUUCACGCCGAAAAACGCAACGAGUACGAAUACGACCGUGUCUAGAUGUAUGUCAAACCGUAGAGCAAAAAUGUCCGUACAUGCUGCCGGGUGACCGGGCACCUGCGUUACCCACGCAGUACGCCGGUGAGCCGACGUUUCUUUGUCGAGAUCUGAACAUCGAAGAAACGUACGAACAAUUGCUAAAGUCCAACAGUGGUCCGGCUGAGUGCUGCUACGACUACUGUGGGUCAAAUCCUCAAGCUGGUGUCUGCUCGAGGUGUGACCCACUGCUGUACGAGGACGACGACCCCGAGGAGGUUCAGGCGGAGACAAACAUGCGAAAGGAAAGUCCCAAUACCGGGAAAAGUGGAUUCGCAAAUAGCACGCAUGCCAGCAACAGCAGUAGCAUCAGUAAUACCAUCAGCACUCCCAGCAGCAGUAGCAGUAGACGGAACCUCCUCGCUGAGCUACGGUUUAGUAGCGAGCUGCCGCCCCGAUUAGCCACGUGUCCGAGCAUAACAAGCGCAACAACCCCGUCAUCACCAUCGGAACAUUGCAAAUCAUCGCAGCAGCUUUUACUUCAACGCCAACAAUCCAGAACGAUCACCACCAAAAACACCCUCAGUACUGAUACCCUUCCAUCGAGGUCGUCGUCAUCGGCAUUGACGGCGACCGCAGUGACGACGACCGCGGCGACGGCGGCAUCAUCAUCAGCCCCAUCGCUAGCAUCAUCGUCAUCAAUUAUUAAACUAACUAGUAUAAAGUCGAUUUAUAACGUUUACUUUAAUAACUCGUGGUCGAUGAGGUUGCGGUGUCUAGACGAAUUUGUCGCAUGGACGAAAAUCCUGCUCCAACUAGUCGGGUUAUAGUUAAGGAGAAACAUUGGGCGCUAACCGGUUAGGUCGAAUGAAAACAAUACACACACACACUCAUACAUAACACACUCGGAUACACACACACAAAUGCAUACACAAAAGACGCCAGACGUGCUUAUGCGUCAACCGAAGUUCGCCCAACAAAGGAAACUACUCGACAAACAAAGCAAAACAAACAAAAAUCAAGUCAGUGUAAAACGAAAACAACAGAAAACCCCGAAUUGUAACAUCAAACAAACAAAUAAACGCAAACAAAUGGAAUGUAUCAAGAACAAACCAGUGAUUGAGCAAGAAGAAGAAGACGGCCGAACGUCCGAUUCGCAGUGCGAAUCCGACCGAAACAGCUCCGUGAGGUAUUUCAAUUUGCGGAAAAUAGCAACAACAGCAACAACAAACAACAGCCGAUGAUUAACAGAUUGAAGCACAAAAAUUUAAUACUGAGCUCCUCCUCUCCUCGGCCGGGCUUCGCGGGUGCCACCCGUCGAUCGUUCCUCCACCGGUCAGGCCCCAGGGCCAGUAGUGGAUCAACCCGGACCAGUGAUCUGGCAUCUGCCGCUACGCUUACGGGAUGGAAAAUAAACAAAUAUGGGGAGAAAAUCUCGGUGCAAAAUACGGUUGACGUGUGCGUGCUAUCGCGAGUGCGAGUGAUGUGUUUUCAUUACUUUCUUCUUCUUCUUUUUUUUUCGAAGGGAAUUGGCUGUGUUUGGGAAAGUGGGUUGCCGAUGGAGGGCGAUCGAUCGCGGUGCCGAUACAAGUGGAAAGGAGGGGGGAGCGAGCGAAUAAUAAAUGGGAAAUGGACAAUUUUAGGUGAAAUAAUAAAGAAAUUAUUAAUUGUUAAGUAAAGUGAGAAAACUAAUAGACGUAAACGAAAGCUAACAGUAGAAGAAGAUAAGGCAAGAAAAGGUUCAACAGAUAAACAAACAUUAAACAGUUUUUACAAGAUGCAAAGAAAAACCAACACGUGUAAGCAAGCAAGUAUUUUUCGAGUUCGAUUUUUUCCGUUGUUAAGUUUCAAGCUAUUUUCGAGCGUUUUAGUGGAGCAAACAGCCAGACCGAAACCAAAAGUAGACGAUGAAUCCGGAGGGCUGGUUCGGGUUUGGACAUUUUCUUGGUAAUUCUAUCGCUGCCGUUCGGAGAACACGAUGAUGAAGGAUUAGGAUUUGGCCAGCAGAGAGAUAGGAAAAGAUACAUAGAUUCACAGGAACAAAAGCGAGACGGUGUUGAUUGUGGGUUCAGAAGAUGGUGGAGCAGACACACGGUUCUUGAGUACGCCUAAGUCGCUACUAUUAUAAUUAGUCCGUCAAUUUUCACAACAAUCGUUGUUAGCUGAUCAUACCAGGAACAUGUGUGUGUGCACUUUAUGGGGAAAGAGCUCUUAACAAGGCAACAUAAAUCGAUAGCUGAGAGAGAGAGAGAGGAACGGAUCCUCUCGCGAAGGACUUGGGAAGCCUAGUGAACAAAUCAAGCAAAAACCACCAACAAACUCUACUUAUUUAAUCGUCAAAGGUAAAUGCACUAGUGGGAAUUAUUAGCGAAAAUAAACAAAAAAUAAUGAAUACAGUUUCUUAACUUUUAUACUCGUUGUUGAAGAGCAAGGCAAAAUCAAGACGAUAGGAUUGUUUUUGUUUUUCGCAGCAGACACAAACACUUACACGUUCCCGUACACGAAUGCCCCCCUCACGCGUACACGUAUCCGUUCAUCCGGUGCUUACGUGAGCGAGUACCAAAGGCUUUGGGGUGAAACCGAACAAGAAGAAACUAUUGCAAACAACUCUAAUACAAACACACACACACACACACCCCUAGAACCCUAUCGUAAAAUUGUAAAACUUAGAUCAACCAAAGUGAAAUUAGAGUAAUCGGUCAUCAUGUUUGAAGAAAACUGUAUCGUAAAUUGUCGCGUUUGAGUCCUGAGCAUGGACCGGCUCCACUGGUAAUCAAGCCGGGUGCGGGAGGUCUACUAACGGUAGGGAUGGGACCUUCGAUUGGUUCCUCACUAUCCGCUGAAAACAAACAAACACAAACACGAACGCUAUUGCCAAUGGUCGAAACCAGUGUACAAAACAACAACAUUCGGUUCGACGACCUUCAAACACAGACAACCCGACAUAACAGAACAACAACAACAGCAAAACCCGGCAACGGCUGCGAACCUUGGCCGAAGCACAAAUGAAAACCAGAAUAAACCUAAAAGAAUAAUAAUAAAACAAAAUUGUUAACGUUCGAAAAGCCAUAUUUUUAGCAUUUAAAUAGUAAUUAAAAACAAAUGAAAUUAUAAUCAAUAUUUGUUACAUAAAUGUGAGAUUUAAAUGCGGAGGCAGAAGAGGAGAAGGGAAAACACAAAUACAGACACAAAGGUUUAUUGAACUAAAGGAAAGCAAGGAAGAGCAAGAGGCAAAAACAAACAAUAAAAGAAAUCGUUUAACUUUAAUCUACGAUCGAAACGAGUAGAUAAAAAACUUAACAAAAAAAAAAACACACACACAGUGAAAAAUAAUCCUAGAGACGUCAUCAAGUUGUAAUGUUAAUCGUGUAGGUCAAAAAUGGUAAACAAAUAAAAACACAAGUGAAGCAGAGAGAACCCACCCAAAGUUUUUUCGAAAAACCCUUAGUUCACACUGGUAGUGCCGGAAGCGUGGUGAUGUUGAGUUUUAAUUUUUAUCUAUUUAUCAGAUAUAUUUUCGAAAAUUUAUUUUUAUAGAGAUUGCAAAAAAAGAAACACAACAGUGGUAUAAUUAGUAGAACGAAGUCUUGACAUCAGAGAAAAAUUAAAAAUAUCCAUCUGAAAACCGAAACGAAUCGGCACAAGGAGAAAGAGGGGUAUAAACAAAAGGAAAAAAAAAUGUUAAUAUAAGAACUACUAGUGAAACAAAAAAAAAACACACACACACAGGAGGAUUAAGUCCACACUAAAACAAAACAAGAAAACGUAGAGUGUAUAGAUUGAAUUUGUACUAAUUUUUAGGAGUAAACAAUAAAAAAAAACAACAGCACAGACAUACACACAGAAACACAAAACAACCGACACUAUCUAUCUCUUUCUCUUAUCACACACAGACACACGUACAGCAAAUCGAUGCCAGAAGCAAGUAGCGAACACGAGAGCAUGUUCGAAGUCGAUUCGCCAUAUUUGUACAGUAGAAGAUAUUAAAAAGAAACUGUCAACUGUUUCGAGCUCGCCCGCUGUUUCAGUUUUUGCCCCCGAAACAAAUACACACGAAACAGACAACAACUACUACUUAGAACUAAAUAAUAAAUUGGAGGAAAGCCAUGGAAAUCGUUCUUCCACAGCGCGAAAGUUAUAACUCAUUAAGCAAAACAAAACAAAAUAAUUGAUUGCAAUUAUUCCACUAGAGACGAUAAACAAACAAAAACAAAGAACAAAGAAGGAAUGGUGCAACACACUUACGCAAGAGACGAAAAACGCAAAAAAAGGAAAUCAAAUCUAUUAAUUAUAAAGAAGCAAAAAAAAAACAAGUAUAUCUCUAUCUAAGAACACACUCUAUAACUAAUCACUAAGAAGACGAGAUAAAAAAAACACACACACACACACAAACACAUAAACACUUGAUACGCUGUGAAAAGAAGAAAUGGAAACGGAAAAAAAGACGCAUGUAGCUUCGCAGAAAACUCACACUCAAACACUCGAACACAAACACACUCACACACACAAAUCAGAUGUUAAAUAGCUUUUGAACCAUAGACCGAAGCAAAACUCGAGAAACCAGACAGCACAAAUCUUUUACCGCUUUCGUGUAAAACCGUCACAUUACUAACUGUAUACUGUUCACUUACUUCUACUGCAAUUUUCCGUUCUUUCCCAUUUGUUGGUUACUUUCCUAUUCUGAGAAGACAAAGCAAACGACAACACAGAAACAAAAUCGCAAUUCACAUUCGGUUAGUUCUUUUCUACCGUACUCUAAACAACAGUUAGGUGCAGUUAGUGCAGGAAACAAACAAAAAAAAAACAAUUAAAAUGGAGAAGAACAAGCGAACAAUUGUUAAACCCGUAAGCGUAAAUGAACUUGGAUAGGGGACUGACUGGACGAUGACGACUACGAAUAAAUGUACACACCAAAUCAACACACGAACAGGACCGUUGUUCGAUCGGGCAUUGUCGGAAUGCAGAAGGCAAGUUUUACAGGGCAAUUUUCGGAACGUAACUAGUGGGACAAAGGACAAAGGACGCUGUGUUCACGGGAAGGUUGGAUGAUUUUAAGGUGAUGCAAUGCAGGAUGGCUGGCUGCCACUUCAAAUUUUCUAUGGAGUAAGCAUCGGACGAUAAUGCGAAUUCAAGCAAGAAAGUUGCUUCUCCAUAUUUACUUCAUCGCAGCAAACAUAGGGAAGCAGUUUUCCUAUUGUAUGUUUUCUUUAGCUGAUAUUUAUACUUCAGAAGAUACGGAGUGGUAUGCAGACCGUGUCACCU